AUGAAAUUUUGUAGAAUUUCAGAAAGAAGUAUUCACAAAGAACAUAGUUAUACAUCUGUUAAUAUUCACAGAUUAGUUGCAGAAGCCUUUAUUUUAAAUCCAAAAAAUAAGCAUUUUGUUAAUCAUAAAACUGAUAAUCUAGCAAAUAAUUUAGAAUGGGUAUUUCUAAAAGAAAAUACUAAUCAUAAAGUAUUUUCAAAUCCUAGUCGUGGUAGAUCUCAAAAAAUGUUACAAAAAUCAUUAGAUGGAAAUGUUAUUCAGAUUUGGGAUUUGGCUAAACUUGCAAAUAUUACACUUAACAUUAAUAGAAGAAAUAUUACUGCAUAUUGUAGAAGAAGAUGA